AUGCACGCCCUCAACUCCACGCCCUUAUCUACUGCAUACCCCCACGCUCCCCUGCGCAUCCCCGUCCACAACCCACGCCUCACAGUACGCCCUCACACGUCCACUCCACGCCUCACAGUACGCCCUCACACGUCCACUCCACGCCUCACAGUACGCCCUCACACGUCCACCCACGCCUCACAGUACGCCCUCAAUGUCCACCCACGCCCUCACAAUACGCCCCUCACACGUCCACCCACGCCCACAGGACGCCCCACACGUCCACCCACGCCCCAGUACGCCCUCACACGUCCACCUUACCCCUACAGUACGCCCUCACACGUCCACUCCACGUCUACAGUAUGCCCUCACACGUCCACUCCACGCCUCACAGUACGCCCUCACACGUCCACUCCACGCCCUCACAGUACGCCCCUCACACGUCCACUCCACGCCCUCACAGCACACGCCCCUCACGUCCACCCACGCCUCAGUACGUCUCACACGUCCACUCCACGUCUCACAGUACGCCCUCACACGUCCACUCCACGUCUCACAGUACGCCCUCACACGUCCACUCCACGCCUCACAGUACGCCCUCACACGCCCACUCCACGCCUCACAGUACGCCCUCACAGUACGCCCUCACACGCCCACCCCAUACCUUCCUACGCGCCCUCACCUUUAUUAAGCGCCCCCCUCAGACCCAUACACAAUGCCCUACGGUGCCCCACGGUGUCUCGUGUCGUCUAA